CAUCCCCAUGUUCAGCAUCACUCCAGAGCUGGCUCCCUGCACCCUGUGCCAGCCCAGGAAAUCACCCAGGACACGGGGGAUGAUGCAGACACUACAUACCCAUGUCCAGGACAGAGGGGGCUGAAUGCUCCCCAGACCUGGGGGAGGGUUGGGUGGCUGCAAUGCUCAGUGAAGGGCUCAACCUCAGCCUGGGGAGGGGCCCACUGUCCUCCCUGGGGCUCAUGGUGUGCUUGCCCAGCUGGCCACAGCCCCCACCUGCCUGGGAAGAUGUCUGCCCUCCCCACCUGCCCCCCUGGCUCUGGGACUUGUUCACCCACACCAGGACAUGGUUCAAAGGGUGGCCCUGAGCCCUGGGAACAUCCAGCUGGGACCAGUGCUGCUCCAGGCCAGGACUUCAUGGCCAUGUGGAAAAACAGCUCUAGUGCCAACAGAUCUGAAACAAGUCUGAGCAUGGGAUGACCUCCCACCCCAGGCACUUCUGUCCAUCCCAGCAUGUCCAGCCCCACUGCUACCCCAGCUGUGUGCUCACAACCAGCCCCCUGUGCCCUCCAUCACAGCCCUGUGGUGCUCUCCCGCUCCAGCUCCACAGGCUGCAGAACUAACACAACUCAUGACAGCAAAAGCCUAAGCCCCCCAGGUGUCUUUUGACAGUACCUUCCCACGUCCGUGUUUGUGCCAGGCUUGGCCCCUCACUGCUGCCCACAGCUGGCACAAGGCCACUGGGGGACCUUAGCCUGGCCAGCUAUGAGCCACAUGGCUCCCUGGCUGCUAUAAAGCUCGUGGUCCCCAAGGGUUCAGCCCGUCUCCUUUCAGGAUGGUGUUCCUGUGGGUAGUUGCCUGCCUGGCCCUUGCCAGCGCCGUCUCAGGCUGCGGGGUGCCUGCCGUCAGUCCCUCGGUGGCCUACAGCGAGAGGAUCGUCAACGGGCAGAACGCUGUACCCGGCUCAUGGCCCUGGCAGGUGUCCCUGCAGACCCGCACAGGAUCCCACUUCUGCGGCGGCUCCUUGAUCAGCCAGUACUGGGUUGUCACAGCUGCUCACUGCAAUUUCAACCCGAAUGCCCACGUUGUCGUCCUCGGGGAAUAUAGCCUUGCUUCCAAUGCCGAGGCCGUUCAAGUGAAGACUGUGUCCAGGGCCAUCACCAACCCCGGCUGGAACCCCAACACCAUGAACAACGACAUCACCCUGCUGAGGCUGUCCACGCCCGCCCAGCUGGGAUCCCGUGUGUCCACCAUCUGCCUGGCCCCUGCCAACCUGGUUCUGCCCACCAACGCCUGGGCUGUCACCACCGGCUGGGGACGCACCAACCCCAACUCCCAAGCCCUGGCAACAGUCCUGCAGCAGGUGACCGUGCCCCUGAUCUCCCAGAGCCAGUGCAUGCAGUACUGGGGCAACCGCAUCACCAGUGCCAUGAUCUGUGCUGGUGGGGCUGGUGCCUCCUCCUGCCAGGGUGAUUCUGGCGGACCUCUGGUAUACCAGAGUGGGAAUGGCUGGAUGUUGAUUGGCAUCGUCUCCUGGGGAACCUCCAACUGCAACACCAACACGCCGGCCAUGUACACUCGUGUCAGCCAGUUCCGUAACUGGAUCAACACCAUCGUUGCUCAGGGCUAAAGGUGCUGCCAGCGUGAUCCCUUCACUGGGAUUAAUAAAGCAUCAGCAUUUGCUUGCGCCAA